AUGAGAGAUUUUAUAGAUGAUCUCGUCUCUGUUGAGCUUUUUGAUCUCCCAUUUCAUAGUCCUCGUUUCACAUGGUCUAAUCAUCGUCUUGAGGAACCGGUUGCUAAAAAAUUGGACUGUUGUCUAGUAAAUGGAUCAUGGCUUCUUUGUUUUCCAGCAGCGCAUUGCUCUUUUGAGUCUCCAGAUUUCUCUGAUCAUUCUCCGGGUUUAGUUCGGAUUACUACUCCACGCCCAUCGUAUGGCAAAGGAGCAUUGGAUGAUCUCAGAGUUGCGGAAGAGAGUUUCUUUAAACAGCGCUCUCGUAUCAGGUGGUUAGGUGAAGGGGAUCUUAAAAGAUUCUUUCACUCAGUUACCAAGGUGCGAAAUGCGUCGAAUGGCAUCAAAUUUCUUCUCCGAGCUAAUGGUACGAGAACCUCUUCGUUGCAAGAAGCUCAUGAAUUGGCGGUGGAAUAUUAUCAGUCCUUUCUCACCACUAUUAGAGGUAUGUAUUGUCCGGAUCUACCUCGCUUUUUGGCAACCCUUGUUGAAUCUACUUGCUCUACUCUUCAACAAGGCUUCCUUUCUUUGCCAUUCAACUCGGAGAUGGUUCGAAGAAGCUUAUUCAAAAUGCCAUUAAACAAGACGCCUGGCCCUGAUGGUUUUCCUGUGGAAUUCUUUAAAGCCUCAUGGGAUGUUGUUGGCCCUGAAUUGGAAGCUUCGGUGCUGCAUUUCUUUGAAUCAAGUUUUAUGCCCACGUCUUUAAACUCUACUUCGUUGGUGCUUAUUCCUAAACGACCUGGUGCAGAGGAGCUUAAGGAUUUUCGUCCUAUUGCAUGCCUCAACACUUUAUACAAGGUUAUUACCAGGCUACUGUCGGAGCGUCUUAAGAAUGUUUUGCCUGGAAUUAUUCUUCCUAAUCAAACGGCGUUUGUGAAGGACCAGCUUCUUUUGGAAAAUGUUCUUCUCGCUUCAGAGAUUGUUCAGGGAUAUCAUAGAGAAGGAUUUGAGAAGCGGAUCACUCUUAAAGUGAAUAUUUCUAAAGCUUUUGACUCAGUACGAUGGGACUUUCUUCUGAAUGUUCUUGAGGCUUAUCAGAUCCCGUCUGUUUUUCUCAACUGGGUUAAAUGCUGUGUGUGUUCUCCAUCAUUCUCAGUGAGUAUGAACGGAGUUACCUCGGGUUACUUUAAAGGAAAAUCAGGUUUGCGUCAAGGGGACCCCUUAUCACCUAUCUUAUUUGUGAUGAUCAUGAAUGUUCUAUCUCUCAUGCUUAAUAAGGCGGCUAGAGAAGGACUCUUUGCUUAUCAUCCAGGCUGUCAGGAGCUUUAG